AUGUAUAAUGAGCUUUGUUCAGAAGAUAUAAAAGCAUUUGCAAAGGCUCUUGAUAAAAACAAUAUAUUAACUUUUUUAGAACUUAACAAUUGGAUUGCUAUUGAAGAAGAAAAAGCACUAGCAAGAGCAAUAGCUUUUUGUAUUGUAGGUAUGUUUUUUACAUUUGAAUAA